AUGCAUUAUGGUGAUCAUUGGAAGAAGCCCAUUCAGCCAGAAAGAUAUGAUUUUGGGGCUUUCUGGGAAAGACACAUCUUACCGGGAAAGACCAUUUUUUUAAGAAAGAGGAAUAAGAAGAAUUAUCGAAGUGUGAAGGCUUUUUAUCGUAGCGUACACAGGUCGGACGGAGCGGGCGCGGGGAACGGCAGCGGGAAGCUUCCCGCCCGGCGGAACACCGCACCACCGGCGCGGGGAAGCAUGAACGAAGGAGGAGUCCUCCGCAGAUCGAUUGACCAUCCCUUACUACAUGCGAUUUCUUGUCUGUCGACCGCCACUGUCGCUGUUGUUUUUGGGGCUGCCGACGAUGGGAGAACGCACACAAAGAGUCACCGAGCCAAAACACCCCUUUAA